AUGUCUAACCUCGAUGCCCUGGAGGCAGAGUACGGUCUUGGCAAGAAGGACGAAAGUAAAGCCACUGCUAGGGAAGAAAUUGCUAGCUACAGCGGUGAAGAAAGUACCUCCAACCAGCAGCAGCGUGACGAUGGCCUCGAUAAAAAUGGAAAGUCGCCACACUCGUAUCCUCCUGCCUCGAUCGCCGGUUCCAUAACGCACAUAGCAGCCUAUGAGGAGUCCAAGGUCGAGAUUCCCGAAUGGUUCAACACAACCAUUAGACCCAACCUCACGCUGGGCCGUGUUGGUGACUACUUUUACAAUUUGUUUCCUUUUUUAAAAUGGAUUCAUCACUACAACGGACGUUGGUUAUACCAAGAUUUGGUCGCAGGUAUCACUGUUGGCUGUGUCCUAGUUCCUCAAUCGAUGUCGUACGCUCAGAUUGCAACAUUGCCUCCACAGUAUGGACUUUACUCCUCUUUUAUCGGUGCUUUCAUCUAUUCUUUUUUCGCAACAAGUAAGGAUGUGUGUAUUGGACCAGUUGCGGUGAUGUCGCUACAGACUGCGAAGGUUGUCGCAUCUGUGACAGCACGUUUACCCGAUGACACUGACAUCACCGGGCCAACCAUCGCCACAGCGCUUGCGCUAUUGUGUGGUAUCAUCGCGACUGCGGUUGGGCUUUUACGACUUGGGUUCCUAGUAGAGUUGAUAUCCGCCACGGCCGUUGGUGGUUUUAUGACGGGCUCAGCUCUCAAUAUUAUCGCGGGUCAAGUUCCUGGUCUCAUGGGGUAUAACAAAAAGGUGAACACUCGUACUAGCACUUACAAAGUGAUCAUUAACACCUUGAAACACCUUCCUGAUACUAAAUUAGAUGCUGCAUUUGGAUUGAUUCCUCUAUUUCUCCUCUACGUUUGGAAAUGGGGAUGCAACACUGGGGGUCCCAGGUUGGUUGAACGUUACUCCAAGCGCCCAAGAACCACCAAAAUUUGGAACGAAGUUUUCUUUUACACCCAGGCUCUGAGAAACGCUGUGAUUAUCAUCGUUUUUACAGCUAUUGCCUGGGGUAUCUCGCGUCACAAGGAAAAAGCUCCAAUCUCUUUGCUAGGAACUGUCCCUUCAGGGUUGCAAGAAGUUGGCGUUGCAACCGUUCCAGAGGGCCUCUUGUCCAAGAUAGCACCAGAUCUACCCGCUUCUGUUAUUGUCCUUUUGCUAGAACACAUUGCAAUCUCCAAAUCUUUUGGUAGAGUUAAUGAUUAUCGUGUUGUACCCGACCAAGAGCUUGUUGCCAUUGGCGCUACGAACUUGAUUGGGACUUUUUUCAACGCCUACCCUGCCACUGGUUCGUUUUCAAGAUCUGCGUUGAAGGCCAAAUGUAAUGUAAGCACACCGCUAUCCGGUCUUUUCUCAGGUGCCUGUGUGCUACUGGCCAUCUAUUGUCUGACAUCUGCAUUUCAAUUUAUCCCUAAGGCAACUUUGAGUGCUGUUAUCAUCCACGCUGUAAGCGAUUUGGUGGCAUCCUACAAAACUACCUGGAGCUUCUACCGUACAAAUCCAUUAGACUUUAUCUGCUUCAUUGCCACUGUUUUUAUCACCGUCUUCAGCAGCAUUGAAAAUGGCAUUUAUUUCGCUAUCUGUUGGUCCAUGGCGACUCUGCUUUGGAAGGUGGCUUUCCCCAGUGGUCGUUUCUUGGGCCGGGUGGAAGUUGCUGAGGUGCUUAACCCAGUGGUGAUAAGUGACGACGAGACUUCUUUGAAUGACGGUGGCGUGAACUUUUAUCAAUCUCACUCUGAUGAGUCUAGAGAUUAUAAGCUCAAGGGCCAAACCGAUUUCAAGGUUCCAGGUUCUGGGGACUAUGAGACCACAAAGGCUUUAGAACCUAGAAGUAGACCCGAUUCUUUGGUCACAUUCCAUACAAAGUGGGUUCCAUUCAACCAAAAUAAUAGAGAGACAAAUCCUGGUGUUACCAUCCGCCCCCCACCUCCUGGUGUCAUUGUUUUCCGUCCCAGCGAAAGCUGGACCUACGUCAACUGUUCUCGCUUGUACAACUUGAUUUUUGAUGAAGUGGUACGUCAAACUCGUCGUGGGAAGGUUUCUUACACAGGUUUGGAUGCACACAAGCGUUGGAAUGAUCCUGGCGAGUGGACUCCUCCAAGAUUUUUGCAAAAACUGGUCUCCAAGUCCCAAGGUCGCUUUGGUUUUUAUGAAAACAGUCUCGGUGAACGCCCACGCGAUGAGCGCCCAAUUUUGCGCGUAAUAGCCCUGGAUUGGUCACAGGUUGCACAGACGGAUUCUACGGGCCUUCAGACGCUGGUGGACCUGCGUAAAGCUGUCAGCAAAUAUGCUGACCGUCAGGUCGAGUUUCAUUUUAGUGGCAUUAUCUCUCCGUGGAUUAAACGUGGUCUAAUCAACGUGGGUUUUGGAACUGUCAAUGAGGAGUUCGCGGACGAAUCACUGCUAGCUGGCCAUUCAAGCUACCACGUUUUGCGGUCCUCCUCUAGAAGCGACGACGAAGAACAUCAAUCGUCUAGCGUCUAUACCGCUACGGGCACCAACACGCCAUUUUUUCAUUUGGAAAUGCCUGAUUUUUCUCGAUGGGAUCUCAAAGAAGGUCCUGCUUAA